AUGCCCACCGAACUCCCCUUCGUCACCCUCGACGUCUUCACAACUACCCCCUACCGCGGCAACCCUCUCGCCGUAGUCACCAUCCCGUCCACCCUCAGUCCUCCUCCCACCCAAGCCCAAAAGCAAGCCAUCGCCCGAGAAUUCAACCUCUCCGAGACCGUCUUCAUCCACGAUGUCGCCAACCCUGAAACCACCAAGACCCGCAACAUCGACAUAUUCCUGCCCUUUGCAGAGAUCCCCUUUGCAGGCCACCCAACCAUCGGCACCGCCGUCUCCCUCCUCGACCAGGGCGUCGACACGCUCGUCACCAAGGCUGGCCCCAUUCCCCUGAAGCAGACGGGCGAGCGUUUCGUGCAGGCCAGCAUACCGCACAACGUGCACGUCCACGCCAAAACGGCGAGGCAGCUCGGGCCCGGGAACCUGUACUCCGUGGAAAGGCUGCAGGCGGAUGACGAGAUUCGCGAACGGGAGCUCAGUGCCCCCGUGGUUAGUAUCGUCAACGGCGUCACUUUUCUGUUGAUCAAGCUGGAGAGUUUGGAGCAGCUGGCAAAGGUGCAGCAGACGGGUGUCGAAUUCCCACCCGAGGAGCUGCUGGACGAAGGUUGGAAGAAGGGAUUGAUUGCGAGGCUUUACUUCGUCAAGACGGGGGAGAAGAAGGACGAGUCCGGCUCGCCGGUGCAGGUGCUUCGCACAAGGAUGAUGGAACACUCAUUCGAGGACCCGGCUACCGGGUCCGCGGCGUGCUGUCUCAGCAGCUAUCUUAGCAUCGAGGGAGACAAGCAGACUACUCCCAAGCGGCGAUAUGAGAUAACGCAGGGCGUUGAAAUGGGCAAGGAGAGCAACAUUGUUGUCGAGGUGGAGAUGAAAGACGACAAGAUUGACAAUGUGCAGCUGGCUGGUACCGCUGUUCAGGUCAUGCGUGGGCACGUCUUAUUGUAA